CCGGCGCUAUCCAAUCGGGAGGCCGGAGGAGCGAGAAUGACGGCUCUCUCGACCAAUCGGCGGAGGGGAAAGGCAGACGGACGGCCGAGGAGGCCUAUGGGAGUGCCACGGUGUUGGUCCCGCCCCGCGUCGUCGAACGGCCUGCCCACGUAUUUGAUUGACGGUCACGAGAGCCCGUCGCAGAAGGAAGAUUGUGAAUUGACGGCUCUCCAACCAAUCGCAAAGCAGUUCUCGCUCUCCUCCCGCCUACUGUCCGUCUGCGCUUGUUCCCGUCCCGUGCCGUGAUUGACAGCACGGCUACCCAAUGGGAAAGAGGAGGAAAACUCAAAGGACAGCUCAGCUAUCCAUUCGGAAGCGGAAGAAGGAGGGCUUAAUUUCCUCUGUCACCGUAGCGCUGAAGGGCCGUCCCUCAUACUUGAUUGACAACCUCGCUGACAAAUCACUGUCGUAAACCUCAGGGAGCGCUGUUCUUCCACAACAACGCGGCCCCGUCCCGGCGUCUCACAGGAGGGAGGGAGGAGGAAAAAAAAAGAAAAAGGAAGAAAACCAAAAAGCGGAGUGACUGCAGCAAAGAAACGCAUCCCGGAGAGUGGCAGGAGAGCGGCCCAAUGGCGUAGCAGGAAGGGGGCGGGGCGACGCGGCCGUUCCGUCUCCGAUCGGCCCAAAGACGGACAGUGGCUGGAGAUGGGCCAAUCAGAGGCCAGGAGAGCAGCCGGCCUUCGGCCAAUGGGAAGCCCGUCCCUAGGGCAGGCCCUGUGGGUGGGGUGGGCGCUCAGCCAAUGGGAUGCGGGGGUGGGGCGGAACUGCCGUUGUCUCCGCCCCUUCCGGCCAGGCCUGCGUUGUCAUGGCCGGGCCCCGCCCUCCGCCCGUGCUGCGCUCGGGGGGCGUGUGGGAGCCGUGAGGGGCGAAGUGUCCACCCCCGGGCCUAAGGGGAGCUUCGAACUAAGCCUGGCUUUUUCCCCUCUGCCGGGGCUGUUUGGCGGCCCUAAGCGUCCUCUCUGACCGGGAUGGAUGGUGGGCCCGGUUUGAGGAGCGCAGCCCGGUUGUGGUGUUAAAGCCUGUUCUGUUCGUGGGGCAAUUUGAGGCUCAAAUCCCAGAAUCAGCUUUUACACCUGGACUGGUCGUUCCCAGGAUGUGUCCUGUGGAAAAAAGCACGGGUGACGUUGUUGCCUUUAGUGUGUUUUCCCUGAGAAUCUUAACACUGUAUUGACAGGAGACUUGGUAACAAAUGUCAAAAAAAUAAAAGUAAAAAGGUAAUUCUUAUUUUGCUCGUGCAGAAUGAUGCCUGGAGUUCUGCAACCUGAGUAUGGUUCUCGGGUGGUUGUGUGGUAGGAAGCAGAUUGGAGAUGGAUCCACUGUGUUGGUGAAGCACACGGAGUCGCUGAAUCCACCAGCUUCAUUUUUCACUUUAACAGCUGGUAGGGAUUCUAAAGCAGCUCAGCUGACGUUCAUUAAUGACUGAGUUGCCCAACGUGGCCACGAAAUUCCCACAAAAAGGAGCUGAACGUCGAUCUUCCAGGGGACGCAGCAGCUUCUGUCACGUAGCCCUGCUUACGUGCCCCAAACGCUCGCUUAGUGGCUCCUGCUUUACUGAAAAAGCAUGUGCCAACCCAAAGGCUGAGAGCCCACAAGGCGUAGAGUACCUCGUAGCCACGGUGUGGCAACAGAAGUUGAUGUGUUUCUGAAUGCGGGUGAGGUCUGAGGUAAUUGGGUUGGUUCUCAGUUAAACGCCUGCAGGGUGUCUGCCUGCAGCUUCCAGGCCUGGGCUUACCCAGGGGGAUGUGGGUGUUGUGUUGUAGCCAAACCAAGCCAAGAACCACAACCAGGAACUCAGCAGGGCCUUUCCUGAGGUGCAGGUGGAGGGGAUCGGGUCUAGGGUGACUACAAGCAAUGGAGAGCAAUAAUGAUGAGCAAUAAUGGUGAGCUUCAGCAUCCUGCUCCCGCGAGUCCACAUUCUUUUCUUGCAAUUCAGCUGAUACAUGAGGAGCCACAGCAGCUGCCGUGCUGUGGGGUUGGCGUCCUGGAGAAUGACAGAAUCGACCGUUUGGCAUGGCUGUGUUUGUGAGCACUUUUGAGUUUAGCCCAUGUCAGCUAAGUUUGGGUUCCUGACGUGCACCAGAUAAGGAAUGUUCGUUGCCGAUGCCUCUUGGGCUUUUUAUCUCUCUUUUAUUCCCCCCCCGCCUUUACUGUUGGUUCGAAGUGACUCAAACAUUGUUUAUAGAAGAAAGUAUUAACGUGUUUGUGCGCAAGUAUCAUCCGGUGCACAAUGCCUUCUAAUUACCCCAGCUUCCGAUGGAGUGUGCCAUGGCUGAUCCUUUUUCUGGAAGCUGCAUUCAUCGUCCUCUCUUACUUUCAGUACUCAAAUACAAACUUUUCCUACAAAGAUUUGCAAGAUGUCAGCCACAUGGUGAUUUUUGGAUUUGGCUUUUUCCUGACGUUUUUGAAACGAUACAGUUUUAGCAGCACCGGAUUCAACCUCCUGAUCAUUGUACUUGGUGUCCAGUGCUCCAUUCUGAUGGAAGAUGUAUCAGUUUUCCUGACAGGAAUACAGGAAGAUCGUCGGAACAGCAUAACAAAAGCUGCUAUGAGCGUGGUUGCUGUGGUCAUCUCCGUUGGAGCUGUUCUUGGGAAGAUUAAUCCCAUGCAAUCAAUUGUGAUGACAGUUGUAGAGAUAAUAGUUUUCUGUGUGAGCAGAUGGAUCAACGUGCAUUUGCUGGAGGUUUCAUACCACGUGAGCCUGAUGCACGUGCACAUGUUUGGGGCCUACUUCGGUCUGGCCGUCUCCACGCGUAUCUCUGAGCCAUCCCCGAGGUCUGAGAAGAAUGCGAGUACUCCAAAAUCGGACCUGCUGUCAAUGUUGGGCACUCUCUCUCUUUGGGUGUUCUGGCCAAGCUUCAAUUCUGCACUGGCUUACAAAAGGAAUGAAGCAAUCUUCAGCACCUGCUUAGCACUUGCAGUGAGUGCUGUGACUGCCUUCGCCUUGUCUGCUCUGACCACAAAGGAUGGAAAAUUCAGAAUGACUCAUAUCCACAGUGCAGCGCUAGCUGGUGGGGUUGCUGUUGGUUAUGCAGCAGACAAGAUCGAGCAACCCUGGAUUGCAAUGAUUUUGGGACUGCUUGCUAGCGUGAUAAGCAUAUUAGGAUCCUUCUGGGUAAAGAGUUGCUUUCACCCUACUCUCAGGAUUCAUGAUGCAUCUGGAGUUCAUUCCACGUUUGGCUUACCUGCUGUGCUUGGAGCUCUUGCCCGGGUUGUUUUCUCUGCAACAGAAAUGCAGACUCAAUCGCCAAGCGCUGCCUACUUUGACUUUGUCUUACUUGAAGUUGGUGCCUUCUGCCUCACCGUCAGCAUUGCCUCGAUAGCAGGUUUGAUUACAGGUUUAAUCUUAAACCUCAGACUGUUGAAGCCCAUCCCUGUAUCCAAGUAUUUUGAAGACCAGAUGUACUGGGAGUUUCCUCGUUUGGCUGUUGGAUUUUGAAUGGAUGAACCCCAGUGGAAGACUUGACCAAGAUCUGUAUUUGUCACUAGAGGAAAUGAAUAACUAUGAUGACACAGCACUUAAUUAUCAAUUAUCACACUUAAAAUAGCCUUCCCAAUGGACACGUGAAAAAUCUGCAACAAAACGUUCGUCAUUCCUGAGCCAUCAGCACGUAUAUUUACAGAUGGAGGACUUAUAAUCUGUUUUCUUUUCUGCUUUGAUGAUUUUUACCUUAAAUAUUUGUUGUAGGAUGUGUACAGAAAGCUGCUUUCGUUGCUGUCACGGCUUCUCAAUCAAAAUGCUUGGAAGCUUUUAGGAAAACUGUACCUAGCUCUGAAGUUUAGGAGUCAAAAUCUGUGGAGUACACGCUGAUUCUGAUCUAGUGAAGUGCUGAAGCUCUUGUUUGUAAGUUCCAUUAAUUCUGUUGGAGGCCCUGUUAAGCAAAGAUUUGAUGACUGAGGCGGAUCAUGGCCAGAACUCCGCACUGUGCCAGCCUGAACUUGGGAGUUAUCUGCCUGAAGUCUGUUCUUGGCUCAGCCCACGUGGAAAUUCUGCUUGCGGAUGGCUUUGUACUGGAGG